UGGAGGUCUUUGUGUGCGUGUGAAGAUUUUGGCCAUUAUUUUUCUCAUAAUGAAGUAACUUCUUGACUGUGGAUUUAGUGAUUUGUGGAGUUUGGAGCAAUGGAGGCGUUUAUGAAAAGGUAUUUGCAAGAGGUUUGCCUCCUUCUGCAUUUAACAGCUUGCGUGGCAGGCAUGACAGGACGAUGCAGCCUAUUCGGACGGCAUCAUGUUCACACAUUUGAUGGGGUUUUGUACGAGUUUCCAGGAGACUGCAGCUAUCUUCUGGCUGGUGACUGUAAUCAUCACUCCUUCACACUGUUGGGGGAUUUUCACAAUGGCAAAAGAGCUGGAGUCACGCUGUUUUUGGGGGACGCCUUUGAGUUGCAUCUGUCUGUAGACGGAUUGCUGUCACAAGGAGAAAAAAGGCUGUCCCUGCCCUACGCGUCUCAUGCUGUGUUUGUUGGCUCAGAGCUCGGCUUUUAUAAACUUUGGAGUGAAGAGUUAGGCUUCACGGUUAUCAUCGACAACGCAGCCAACAUCGCCCUGACACUGACCAAACACCAUAGCAACCGCACCUGUGGCCUCUGUGGGAACUUCAAUGCCGUUUCAGUUGAUGAAUAUACAGCUCAAGAGGGAUUCCUGACUGAGGACAGUUAUGAUUUUGCGAAUUCAUGGGCCGUGAAGGGAGCCGAUCAGUCCUGUCGACGUGUCUCAAAUCCCACUCAGUCUUGUAACAGCACAAAAGGGACUGCAGCGAUUUUGUCCAGCUGCAGUGCGCUGCAGACCUCCAGUGUGUUUCUCCACUGUGCCCACCUGGUCUCUCCUGAUGCGUUUCUGGAGCUGUGUCAGGCCGAGUCCUGCCACUGUGACAAGAUGGACGCAGAGGACUGCUACUGUCCAGUCCUCCUGGAGUACGCUCGCACGUGCCAUGCUCACGGGCUCCUUCUGCAUGGCUGGUCGCAGCAGAGCCAGUGCUUGCCAAAGUGUCCGGUUGGGAUGCAGUACAGUGAAUGCACCAAGUCGUGCUCAACAACCUGCCAUAGUCUCAACAUACAGGAGGUCUGCAAGGAGGAAUGUGUGGAUGGCUGUACAUGCCCCGUUGGAAAAGUUUUGGAUGGUAAUCGCUGUGUGGAGAUAACUCAGUGUUCCUGCACACACAUGGGUCGGCAUUUCCCUCCAGGAUCCACUAUCUCUCAGGACUGUAAUACAUGCGUAUGCCGGCAUGGAUCCUGGGAAUGUACCAACGAAGGCUGCCCUGGUGAGUGCCUGGUUGUUGGCCAGUCUCACUUCAAGAGUUUUGACAACAAAUUUUUCACCUUCUCCGGACAAUGUCAGUAUCUGCUGGCAAAGGACUGCACCAAUAACGAAUUUUCUGUCAUAAUUGAGAACGUACAGUGUGCAGAUGAUCAAGAUGCAGUGUGCACACGCUCAGUGACACUCACUUUGGCAUCUUUGGAAAACAUGACAGUGAAGCUAAAGCAUGGAGGAAUUGUUUCUGUCAACAGCAUGGACAUUCAAACCCCAAUGCAUCAUGGUCGCCUGCAUAUUCAGAGAUCUGUUCAGUCUUCUGUUCAUGUAAAGUUUGGUGAUGAUCUUCGUCUGGACUGGAAUGGGCGAGGUCGUGUACUUCUAAAGCUUGGACCACGAUGGGCAGGGCAGACAUGUGGUCUCUGUGGCAACUAUAAUGGUAACCAAGGUGAUGACUUCUUGUCUGGCUCUGGGCUGAUUGAAGCGAGUCCACAGGCAUUUGGCCAGACCUGGAGGAUUAAUGGAGAUUGUGAAUCCACAAGAAAACAUGAGACUGAUCCAUGUGCUAUCAACCCUAAGAGAGUGCGUUUUGCAGAGGAGGCAUGUGCAGUGAUGGUGUCAGCGGUGUUCAGCCCGUGCCACUUCCUGGUGAACCCUGGGCCGUUCCAGCGCUUUUGUCGGUAUGAUGUGUGUGCGUGUGGGGACGGUGCAGAGUGCCUUUGCUCUGCGCUGUCCGCCUAUGCGGCCGCCUGCUCUGCACGAGGAGUGCUGCUCAACUGGAGGUCCCCUUCACUCUGUGAGCUGGAGUGCACUGGAGGCCAGGUCUACCAGGCCUGUGGGAGUGCUUGUGACCGGACAUGCCGUGCCUUAUCUGGCGCGGAGGCAGGCUGUGAGGGGGAGAGGACAUGUGAGGAGGGCUGUUUUUGUCCUGCUGGGAAGUACCUGAGUGACUCUGGAGAAUGUGUGACAGCUGACCAGUGCUCCUGCUUGCAUGAUGGACAGCUCUACCAGCCUAAUGACGUCUACGCGGAUCAUAACAGCAUCUGCUACUGUGAGAAUGGCGCCAUGCGUUGUACCUCCAAUGAAAUGACUUCAUUUCUGUCUGACUUCUUUUAUGAUGAUGGCAUGACACCAUCCAGAGAGCGGCGGUCAGCGAAGUGUCCACCUCCACUUGUUCGCACCGAGUGCGAGUCGGGUGAACAAGGCUUGGAGUGUGCCAGAACCUGCCAGAAUUUAGAUCUGCCUUGUGUCAGUCUUACCUGCACCCCCGGCUGCCUCUGUCCUCCAGGCACAGUACGCCACCGCAGAGAGUGCAUUAAACCAGAGCUGUGUCCCUGUUACCAUAACAACAAGCCAUACAGGGCUGGACAAACCAUUAGCGUUGACUGCAACACCUGUGUGUGUGAGAACAGGAAGUGGCACUGCACUGAGAAGGUCUGUGACGGUGUCUGUCGCACUGUUGGCGGGGGCCAUUAUAUCACCUUUGAUGGCCUCAAAUAUUCCUUCCCAGGUCUCUGCCAAUAUGUCCUGGUCCAGGAUAUGUGUCACGGAGAAGAAGGUUCCUUCAGAGUGUUGGUGGAGAAUGAGGCCUGUGGAAUUGUGGGCCAUCACUGUGCAAAAUCUAUCACAAUCUUCUACCAGGGCGGCUUGAUUUUAAUGCAGCACGGAGAGGUGAAGAUGAAGAAGCCGGUCCGGCAGAGUUCACAGGUGGAGAUUGUCAGAUCUGGUCAGUUUUAUACCCUGCUGCUUGGGAAACACAUCUCCCUGAGUUGGGAUAAAGGAACUCAUCUCCUUGUUCACAUCUCUGCUGCAUACAGGGGUCGGGUGUGUGGUCUGUGUGGUAACUUUGACGGAAAUGUCAACAAUGACAUGAUAAGCAGUAACAACCAGCUGGAGGUGGACUCCUCACACUUUGGAAACUCUUGGAAGGUCAUUCCCAGCUGUGCUGAUGUCACACAGGUACCUGCGCCAUGCAGUGAUAACAUUAUGAAGUUAGUAACCGUGGAGCAGUCAUGUCGUGUGAUAACUGACCCCCUCUUCAGAGAAUGCAACAGUCAGGUGGAUGCAGAGCCAUACGUGGAGAUGUGUGUGGAGGCAGCAUGCUCGUGCCCAUCGGUGGGAGACUGUGCGUGUUUCUGUGAUGUCAUUGCGGCCUAUGCCCAAGCUUGUUCAGAGAGUGGUGUUUUCAUUAGCUGGAGGUCAAACGAUCUCUGCCCAAUGAGCUGUGAGGACCUCAACCCUAAGAUUGCAAGUGUAGGGGAAGAGCUUUGUCAGUGGAGGUAUAACACAUGUGGCCCCACUUGUCCAAUCACCUGCCAGCAUCCAGAACCACUCCAGUGUUCACUGACAUGUGUAGAGGGCUGCCAUGCCAACUGCCCACCAGGCCAACUUCUGGAUGAGGUAGCCAUGCGUUGUGUGGAACCUUCUCAGUGUCAUGUGUGUGUACAUGGCGGUCAGAGAAUCUCCCAUGGCAACAAAGUCAUAUUGAACCAUGAUGACCCCAACAACUGCAAGAUAUGCCAUUGUGACAACAACUCGCUGACUUGUGAAGAUUGUUCCUCCCUCGCCAUGUUCACCACUCCCACACCAACACCUGCAUAUGACAUCUUCACAACGCUGCCCUUCACCACUUUGAUGCCUGAAGGCAUGUGUGACCGUGCCAUGGAUCUGGCUUUCUUACUGGAUGGUUCAGAAGAACUGAAUGAAGAAGAAUUUCAGGCAACCAAAGGGUUCAUACUGGAUGUGGUGGAACGAUUCCGCAUGGGUUCAGCUCACACCCGAGCCACAGUGCUGCUUUACCAUUCUGGAGUUAAAACAUAUGACUUGCAGGUUCAGAAGUGGCUGUUUAAGAAGACUGUGCGUGAGCUUCAUUACACAGGAGGAGAUGCAGCCUUCUUAGACGAGGCUGUCAAGUACCUUGCCAUCAACAUUUAUGACAAGAACAAGCGAGAGCACGCUGGACGUGUUGCCAUUAUCUUGACUGCCAGUGCAAAUCCUCGCCCCAUCCGCUCCAUUGUAAAGAUGAUUCGCAAGAAAGCCAUCACCACCCUAACUGUGGCACUAGGUCCAGGCGUAGACAUGAGUCAAAUCAAUGAGAUCACCAGAGCCAACCCAGAUAACAGGGCCUAUGUGCUGAGCAGCACAGCUGAACUGCCCGAUCGUUUAUUGGAUCUAACCGAUUACCUCUGCACCUUAGGGUUGGAACCUGAGGUGGUGAAAUCUUCACCACCAAAACCUACUCUGGGUAAAGUUCAGCAGGCCACAGCCAGCACUUCCCCAGCUCCUCAUCUGGAGCCUAACCCCACACAACACAAACCCAGCCCUCCUGCAUCCACUGUACCUUCAGGCCUCUCUUCCACCACAUCACAGUCCACUACCGGCCCCCCAGCCACAGACGUGACGUUCAUCCUGGAAGGCUCCGAUUCUGUCGGUGAAGCCAACUUUAACAAGUCGCUCCUUUUCCUAGAGGAAGUUAUCUCACAACUGAUAGAGGAAGAAGAGUUUAUUCGCAUCACCGUAAUACAGUAUUCAGUAACAGUCUCUGUAGAGAUCAGCCGGUGGGAGCUCAGACAACAGAGAACCAGACUGCUGCAACGACUGCGGGAGAUUCGUUGGAGAGGAGGGAGUCAGACAAACAGCGGAGCAGCCAUUAGUACAACUCUACAAGAAAUGGUUACAAGCAAGCCUGCUCAUGGUCCCACACCUCCUCAGUUGGUCUUCCUUGUAACAGAAAACCCUCCCACUGAUACAGUGACACGUCCACCCUUUACAAGAACCAAAACUGAGGUGUAUCCCAUUGGCGUUGGGCCAAACGUACAUGAACAAGAUUUGCUACCUUUAAGUGCCCCUCAACGUCCGCUGAUGGUGGAGGACUAUAACAGUUUGAAAACCCUCGUCCACAGAGUAGUCAAAAUCACACACUCUACAGUCAGGCCACAAUCACCUACUCUGCCGCCCUUAAUCCUCCCGACACACUCCAGCCUGCCACCCACAGUGCCAUGCAAAACACCUGUGGAUGUGAUGUUCCUGGUGACAGCUGGAGAAACAUUUGAGGACAUGAAGACUUUUAUUAAAGCGUUUAUCAGCAUUUCUGACACAGGGCCAAAUGGAACUCAGGUGAGCGUGGUUCAGUACGGAGAGACCAACACACCUGAGCUCCUGUGGAAGGAUCAACAGAGAAAAUCGGACCUCCUGAAGCUGGUGGAGAGCAUUCCAAGCAGGAGCAGCGGAGCUCCAGCUCUAGGGUCUGCACUGCGAUUCGCUGUUCAGACAGCCAUCUCGCCAGUCAGUGGGGGAAGAGUUGGUGUAGCCAAAGCCGUGGUGAUACUGCUGACAGAAAAAUCAACUGAUGACAUCAAAGAGGCAGCGAACGAGGCAUUAGCUGCAGGUGUCUCAGUGUUCCCCAUAGGGGUUGGACAAAGUUAUGACGCGAGUGAGCUCAGGGUGCUUGGUCACCACGGCAACCAAGACAACACUCUGCACGUGAGCAGCAUGGAUCAGUUACGGAUGUUGCUAACUCUGGACAACAGUUACACAGAGAAAAUCUGCAGAGCUGGUCCACCAGGAGUGUGUGUUGAUGAUAGUGGUAAUGAGAGAAAGCCCGGUGAAUCAUGGCUGCUGGAGGACGGCUGCCACUCUCUCCUGUGUCACCCUAGUGGAGCUGUGACAGUACAGAACCACAAAGUCAGCUGUGACAAACUGGAGCCCCCAGCAUGCAGAAACAACAUGCCUCCAGUUAGAGUCCAGGAGAAAUGCGGCUGUCACUGGGAAUGCCCUUGCAUGUGCAUGGGUAGCUCCACCAACCAUGUGGUGAGGUUUGAUGGCUUGGCUCUUAGGCUGGAUGGGGAGGGUUUGUGCUCCUAUACACUGCUGACCAUCAGCCAAGGCAUCACUGAAGAGUCAGAGGUCAAGCUUCACACUGGACCUUGCCAAGACUCAGCGAAUUACAACCAGAUCUGCAUGAAAGCAAUGGAGGUAACCCAUGGACAGUACAAGCUGCUUCUAAAGGAUGACAUUAUGGCAGUGAUUGAUGACGAAAAGCUUGUGUUGCCGUGGCGCCAUGCUGGUCUGGAGUUGGUGCGUUAUGGAGGAGUUAUGCUGCAGCUGAAAUCAGAUCAAGGCUAUGUCUUGACUUUUACUCCUCAGAGCAAUGAGUUUACCAUCACAUUACUCAGCUCCACCACCAGUGGUCACACUGCUGGACUCUGUGGCGCAUGUGAUGAGGAAAAGGCAAAUGUUCUCUCCUUACGGAAUGGCAGCUCAGCCGCCAACCAGCCUGCCUUCAUUUCAGACUGGACAGUGGCUGCAGACGGUGGCGUGUGCUUACCAAAACGAAAGGCAGUUUGUGUUUCUGGAACAGCUAUGGGGUGUCAGGCCCUCCGCUCUGAAGUGUUUGAGCCAUGUCACCCAUACAUUCCCGUUCAGGUCUUCCUCUCCAAGUGUGAGGAGCAGGCAUGUGAAGAAUCAGAUGUCUGUGAGCUAAUUUCUUCCUAUGCACGCCUCUGUAGAGAAAGGGGUGUGUGUGUAGACUGGAGGAGCCCUCACCUCUGUCCCUUACAGUGCCCAAGUUCCAUGGAGUAUGAUGCAUGUCGGACAGGUUGUGUUGAAGACUGUAGUAGCAUACAGGCGUUGCCAGGCGACUGGUCGGUUGCCAGGGGUAACGAGUCAUCCUGUAUGGAAACACCAACUGAAGGUUGUUUCUGUCCUGGAGGGACGGUUUCGCAUCAUGGACAGUGCAUCUUACCUGAAGUGUGCGGGCAAUGUGUUGACCAUCUCGGACGCUCAUACAUGUAUAUGCAAAGCUGGGUGCCAGAUGACAACCCAUGUUCGAUUUGCAUGUGUUUGGACCAACAACGCAUCAACUGUACUGUCAGACCCUGCAAUGACGUCAAAGCUCCGGUGUGUGGGCCAUGUGAGGUUCUGAGAGAAAAAAGAGAUUCCAAGUGCUGCCCAGAGUAUGAGUGUGCGUGUGACCUGGUGAGCUGUGACCGACCUGAAGUGCCCCGCUGUGAGGAUGGUCAAACACUGGUUCUGAAAAACCCCGGGGAAUGUCAGCCUGUUCAUGAGUGCGUCUGCAAAAAGGAGGAGUGUCCUCAGCAAGCUCCCCCUAAUUGCCCAGCGCAUCGCCACGUUUCGGUAAAAAAGACAAAGUGCUGUGAUGAGUUUGAAUGCACGUGCAGCUGCCAGAACUCCACUCGCACCUGCCCCGCCGGGUUCAUCUCAUCCUCCUUUACCAACGAUUGUGGCUGCACAGAAACCAACUGCCUGCCUGACAAGGUGUGUGUGGUGGAUGGCGCGGUUCGGCCAGUGGGGAACAAGUGGGAGGAAGGGUGCCAGAAGUGCAGUUGCACCCAGCAACAGGACAAAGACACAUCCCUCCACAUUGCCCAGUGCACACCUCCUGUUUGUGAAAGCACCUGCCCUCUGGGCUCAACGUACACUCAAACAAAUGGGGGGUGCUGUGGAGUGUGCAUGCCAACCAGCUGUGUAGAGUCAGAAGAGAUCCAUGGGGAUAUUAUCAGUGGGGGAAAACUUAGACAAGUGGGGGAGAUGUGGCAGUCUCCACAUGACAAAUGUGUCUUACAUCAGUGUGUGAAAGUGAGAAAUGAGGUGUUCAUCUCUACAACAAAUGCCAGCUGUGCUGUUAUGGACACUCCAACCUGCCCGUUGGGAACCGAGCUCCGCUGCGACACUCAGGACUGCUGCCCCAGCUGCCACUGUGCUCCUGUGAACGCCUGCGUUCUCAAUCACACUAUGAUAGGAGCAGGAGAGAGCGUGAUGGUGGAUGUGUGCACACACUGUGAGUGUACAGUGGAAGAUGGCCUUGUCACAAAAUAUAAGUUAUCCUGCAGGCGAAAUACCUGUCCCACUUGCCCGAGGGGUUACACGAUGGAGAAAGAGGACGAUAGCUGCUGUGGGCGCUGUGUUGCCACUAACUGCUUCAUUCAAAAGCCAGAUGGAAAGGUUUUCGAUGUCCAAGUCAACACAACUAGCGAAGAUGGCUGCAACUUGUAUACUUGUGGUGUAAACAGUAGAGGAGAUCUUGUGCUGGAGACAAGAGUGACCACCUGCCCUCCUUUUGACCGUCAAGCCUGUCUGGACCUCGGGGGGAAAGUCAGCCAGAUUGGAACAACUUGCUGUGAGAUGUGUAUGGAGCCAGAGUGUCGGAGCACAGUGGGAACACUUAACUACAUCAAGGUGGAUGACUGCCAGUCAGAGCAACAGAUAGAGCUCAACUACUGUGAGGGGAAGUGUCGAAGUAAAUCCAUGUACUCCCUGCAGAGAGCUGCUGUUGAGCAGGAGUGUGUGUGUUGUGCAGCCGUGGAGACCAAGCCUCUCAGUGUCCCCAUCCUUUGUGCCAACGGCACCCGUAGCCAACACACUGUCCUGUCUGUAACUAAAUGCGACUGUCUGUCGAAACACUGCACUUAGAAAGAAUAUAAAUGAUGACACUUUGUUUUUAUGCAAUCCAAAUGUACCCAAUAAUACAAAUACAAAGUAAAAAAAUAACUUAGCGGUUUCUGCCGGCUUCAUCAUUCCUUGUUCAGCUGUAAUCUGAACAUCCAUAUUAAAAUGUCUUUGUAAAAUUUGAUGUUUAUUGUUUUGAUAUUCAAAGGCGACUUGUUGCUCAUCCCAGCUGCCACUGGCUGGGUGGCUGGAUACACCUUGGAUGAGUUGAGAGUCUGUCACAGAGAUAUUUCAUCAUGCUAAAAAAUAAAUACAUUUAAAUUUCAAUAAGUGUAAAAUUCUAAAUAGAUAAGACCACUAAUCUCAUACCGGGUUACUGUACCUCUUACCUCACAAAGCUUUAUGUUCACUUGUCUCAUAAUUCUUCCUUUUAAGAAG